AUGUUGCAGCGUCUGUUUAUCACAAUCCUAUGCGCGGUUAACUUUCAGCAUCGGCAGCGGUGCACACUUAACACUCGAAUCCAUUUCGGCGAGCCGUUGCCUGUGAUCAUUAGGGACGGUAGAUUGCUAGAGCCCACCGACAGGGAUGGCAACAUACGACUAGAGCACGGAGACAGCCUCAUUCUAAGCUGUCUGGACAGGGGCAAUAUCCGCCAUUCGAAUGCGAUCAAAGGAUUGGACACGGCGUCCAUAAGUUGCGUCGACGGGGAUAUGUUCGAGAACAGCGAAUGGUUGAUCGCACCUUCGUAUUUCCGCGAGUUUAGUUGCGGCUAUCCCCCAUCCUACAUCAGCGUGCGCACCAACAGGACCUGCUUCUCCCGUAACUGGAUUUACGAGGUCGGCUACCGUGUGCAGGACGUUUUCCAUCCGGUUUACGAGUCGUGUUUCGACGAGAGCCAAUUAAACGCGGUGUACUCGACGUACACGCAGAAACCGUACAACGCGCUUUACCAGACCAGAGUGGAUCGGCCCUUCUUCAUUGACAACAACGUUUACGGCAACGUCCCUGUAAACUCCCUGUUCUCGCCGCCCGGUCAAAAAGGGGCGGUCGCCCGACUGGUCGGUGCCCGGGUAGAUGUAUAUGUAAACAACACGGAGUUCCUUUCGAGGGGGCAUUUGGCUGCGAAGACCGACUUUCCCCUUGCGUUCGGCGAACGGGCGACGUUCCACUACGUAAAUUGCGCCCCCCAAUGGGUGGGCUUCAACGGCGGCAACUGGAACACCCUGGAGGUGGACUUGAGGAACCACAUACACGCCAUCGGCUGGGACACAGUCGUGUACACGGGCACGUACGGCGUGUCCGAAUUGGCGGAUCAGCAUGGGAGGAGCGUCGGAAUAUAUCUCCAUUCGGACGUCAACAAUAAUCCGGUGAUACCGGUGCCGAAGUACUUCUACAAGGUCGUGUACGAGCCGAGCACGAAGCGCGGGAUAGCGUUUGUCGGCAUAAACAACCCACAUUGUACGGCGAAGGAGGCGCGGUCACUGUUCUUCUGCCGGGAUCUGUGCCGGGAUAAUCGGAACUUCAACUGGCUCUCGUGGCACCCGGAUAAGUCGUCAGAGGGCUAUGCGUUUUGCUGCACGGUGGAACAGUUUCGAGAGACUGUCCGCCAUUUACCCAAUUUUGAAGUGAACGAUCUCUUGAUG